AUGGAAGAGAUGGUGAAGGCGAUUCUGGACACACAAAACGCGAUUAUGAGAGAUCUAAGUCAAAUAAAAAAUAGCCAAAAGCAAUUUGAACACAAAUUUGAAGGUCUAACAAAAAAAGUAAAUCAAAUUGAAGCAACAGUUCAAGAAAUGAAAGAACAAAAAGUUCAAAUCAUAAGCAUUGAAAAACAUGUUAAGGCAAUCGAUGAUGACUUAAAGGAAUGCCAAAAAAAAAUCGUCGACUUAGAAGAUCGGAACCGCCGUAACAACCUCAUAGUUUUCGGUCUUCCAGAGGCUCAAGGGGAAACAAAUGACUCAUUGCGGUCGAAAGUACUUGGUGAUGUGUUUGAAGAAAAACUUGGAAUUCAUGUUAAUACAGUCGAGCGUGUACAUCGCGUGGGGCGAAAAACAAACAAAAACCGCCCAGUUGUAGUUAAAUUUCUUGACUACGCAGAAAAGGAAAACGUGCUAAAAAAGCGAAGGUGUUUGAAAGGGACUAAAAUAACGUUAGAACACGAUUAUUCUUGGCAGACUAUUCAAAAGCGCAAACAGUUGUGGGAAACCAGUAAACCCAAUCGCGAUAACGGGGAAACUGUCUUCUUGAUUCACGAUAAAAUUAAGAUAGGAGGCCAAGUUUUCGAAUGGGAUGAUAAUGUGGGGCAAAUAUGCAAAGAAAGAAAUCGACCAACUCGACAAAAAAGUGUAAAAUGACGUCAAGCACACUCCGGGAAACCCCAUCGAAAGACAUUUCGACUUCUUUCCUUCAAUGCGCAAAGUAUUGUGAA